AUGAGUGACCCCAAUGCAGAUACUAAUCCUACCGAAUACAACUACCUAAAGUCGCGGCUAUCUCCACAGCAAUUUCAGGCCAGCAUUGACUUUUAUGAAGCCGAUAGCAAGUUAUCCCCAGAAGACCGAUUGAAAUUGAAGCAAGAAUUACAAUCGGUUCUUGUAUCCAACAAUCUCAUUGGCUAUUCAGCUGGUAUGAUUGGACUCAUUACACCUACUAUUUACUACAAAUUGAUCAAGAAACAAACGCCAUCUAAACUUUCAUUCAUUCAAAAACCUUUCUUGUCAUUUUUCCUUGGGCUUGCCAACAUGAUUGUUGUUAGUACUAUUGUGCAGCGAAAAAGCUUUAAUAACAAAAUUACCAGUGGCGAGCUUAAUGGACCCCAAUUGGAUGCUUGGAAACAUAUGGAAUGGCACAAUGUUGGUGCAUUCUAUUACUACUACUUGAAGUCUUCUAAAGAUCCAAAGUAUAAAUUACAAGAUCCAAGAACUGUGACGAUAGAUCCCAAAGCUAGGAGGGUGAUUGAGCCAAGCCCCGAUAAGGUGAGUUUUGAUCCACAAGUUUACAAGGAGAAGGAAUUUCAUCAAAAAGACGGUGCAAACUUUGUUAAUGGUGUUGGUUUAAAUGAGCAUCACAAUUUAUCCCAUUGGGACAAGAUUAGGUUGGCCAAUGGUUUUGAUGUAACACAAGAUGAGGACCCAAAACCAACACAAGCUCUGUCAUUUGGUAGUGGUGGUGUUGGUGUUGGUGGCAAUGCAAAUGAAAACGUUUCUACUUCCGACUCGCAAGAUCCAACUCAUCAAUUGUCAGCAUGGGACAGGAUUAGAGGCGGCAAGUAG